AUGUCUGCUAAACGGGUGUCAGAAUGGCGAAAGUUACCUGUGAGCCUUUCAGAGCUUUGCAUUGAUACGACCCUGAGGUGUGGUCAGUCAUUUCGAUGGCGCAAAGUGAGUGAUGAGUGGACAUGCACUCUUCAUGGUCGAAUAUUGUCCUUGAAACAAGACCCGGCCUAUCUCCAUUACAAAGUCACCUGGCCUGAUGUUCGUGAGGCUCUGCCAACGCCUCCGUCUUCUGGCGCCCUGGACCAACUCAAACAAGACGACACUGAAGAACUGCUUCGUCGCUAUUUUAGUUUAACCCUAGAUUUGGGCGCACUCUACGAACAAUGGUCAUCAGCAGACCCCAACUUCCAGAAGAAGGCCCCAGAAUUCAAGGGCGUCCGGAUCCUAAGUCAAGACGCAUGGGAAGCUCUGAUAUGCUUCAUAUGCAGCAGCAAUAACAACAUAAGCCGGAUUUCCCAAAUGGUUCACAAAUUAUGCAAUCACUAUGGACCACUCAUUGGCGACAUUGACGGAGAAGCAAUGCACGACUUCCCAACUCCCGAAGCCCUUACUGGCAAAAAUGUCGAAUCUCAUCUACGAGAGCUGGGCUUCGGGUAUCGCGCCAAAUAUAUCGCCGAUACCGCUCGCGUAGUUGCCCUGGAAAAGCCAACUUUCUGGCUAGAAUCUCUACGAAACCCCCGACACCUGGGGCCCAAAGUGUCAUCGACCGCAAGCGCUGGCAACUCAACAUACAAAGAGGCACACGAAGAAUUACUGGCAUUGACCGGAGUCGGACCAAAAGUGGCAGACUGCGUGUGUCUCAUGGGAUUAGGCUGGGGUGAAUCAGUUCCGGUCGAUACACACGUGUGGCAAAUUGCGCAAAGAGACUAUAAAUUUGGCAAAUCAAAGUCAAAGACAUUUAACAAGGCAAUGUAUGACGCGGUAGGCAACCACUUUCGGAGCAUAUGGGGCGAUUAUGCAGGGUGGGCACAUUCGGUGUUGUUUACGGCUGAUCUUAGAGAAUUUUCGGAUCGCAAAGUCCAAGUGGAUGACCAAGUCAGAGUGAAAGCUGAGGUGGAGGAAGAAGACAUCACACUAAGCAGAUCCAGAAAGAGGAGACCGGUGGUCGAAGUAAAAGUAAAGAUAGAGGCAAAGAGUGAAGAUGCGGGAGAUUCCAGGACCGUGGCGACCACAACAACGUAUAAGCGUAGAAGGACUAGGGGCAGUUCGUAG